AUGAGUACAAACAUCGGGAAUAUACGUACACUAAGUAUCUCAGUGGAGAUUGAAAUAGUUAAUAAUAAUAAGAUUUUUUAUUAUAGAGGUGUAGUGAAAGAGGAUGAUACUUAUGCUAAUUUUUUAAAAAAACUCGAUGAACAAUUUGAUGAAAAAACCUACAAUAUCACUUCUGUAAAAGUACAUAACAAUUACAAAGGUGUCUGGGAGACCGUAAACCAUAAAAAGAAAUUAAGUUCAGCAUUUGAUAUAAAUAUCAAUAGUAUUAAAUUUUGUUUAGAAAAAAAAAGAUAUGAUAAAAUAGUUAAACCAAAUAAUAGUGAUAGUAAUAAUAGUAAGCCAAAUAAAGAAGUAUCUACGAGAUCUACAUCACCACCACCUCCGUCUCCAUCAAUAGAUGAUGAUGUCACGCCAUCUGAAAUGCCAAAAGAAAUAAAGUUGGAUGAAUCACCACAAAAUAAUAACACAUCGGAAUUACCUAAUACUAAUCUAUUGAAUGAUACAAAAUCAACAGAAGCUAAUAAUCAACCAAUUGGUGAUCCACCUACUAUACAUAAAAAUAUUAAUAAAAUUGAUUGUAGUGGCAGUAAACGUAGAAUGGAUUCCGAAGAUGGUGAGCACUUAAAAUAUAUUAAAUUGACUUGA